GUCACAUGGGAUUUUGCUAUCAAUCUUGAGAUUCAUUAAAAACUUUAUUUUAAUUAUUUACGAAGGAUUAAGUUUUUGGAGUUAAUGAUUUAUGAGUUUUCUGGGGGGUCGGUGAUUUGUCUCGCUCUGAAAUAGGCCAUUCUUCCAGGUUGGCUAAUAUGGAAUACGACAUGUGCUGAGCGUUCAGGAUCCCAACAGACAGCAGUAAAGCCUCCACCAUCCAGGAUUCUAAUAUGUUGCUCAAGAAGGUCCGAUUUCAGGAUUCUCAUGUCCCCGAGCGAGUAAGUGACACACUGGUCAUGGAUAGUUUGAACCAAAAUCUUAGCAGUGGACAUCAGUCUCAUCAGCUGCUCCAGAGCACUCCUCUGGAUUUGUUCGAGACCGGGAAAGCACUAAAGUUUCAAGCAGAGCGCCCCCAUUUGGUCAGUCUAGGAAGUGGCCGUCUCAGUACAGCCAUAACCCUCUUACCCCUGCCCGAAGGCAAGACCACUCUGGGUCACGGAGCCAUGGACAUCAGCAUCCAGGGCCCGGGGAUCGCAGCUCAGCAUUGCUUUAUCGAGAACAGGGCUGGAGUCAUCACUCUGCACCCCUGUGGAAACCAGUGUAGCAUGGACGGACUACUGGUCACCAAACCUGUGCGCCUGUCUCAAGGCUGUAUGCUGUGUUUCGGCCAGUCCGCAUUCUACCGCUUCAACCACCCCGAGGAGGCUUUCCGAAUGAAAAGCAUGAUGCCUGAGGGAGGACAGAAAGCCAGUGUGAAAAACUGGGCCCUCACAGAUUCUGAGAACUUGGUCAAUGGGAACCACCCGUCAGGAGCGCCAAAAUCUCACUUGGUCUCCAACGAGAGAGUGCGCCCUGAGCACAGUGCCAUUGUCAGUUCCAUUGAGAAGGACCUUCAGGAUAUUAUGGACUCAUUAGUCAUGGAUGACCCUCAGCCCUCUUCCUCUGAGUCAAAGAAGCCCUCUGGUCAUCCUAUCUCCCAGUCUCCCCUGUCCCCCAUGUUAAAUGGAGGGGGGCGCUUCCUUCUCUCACCCCCAACGAGCCCUGGUGCUAUGUCUGUGGGCUCCAGUUACGAGAAUAACUCCCCUCCUUUCUCUCCACUCUCGUCCCCAUCGCCCGCCAGCAGUGGCAGCUACACCAGUCCCUCGCCGAGUGGUUGUCAGGACCAGUUUCACACGCUUCCUCCUGUGCCAGUGAGGUCUUCUAGUUACAAUUACACCAGCCAGCCACCCAUACCUCAGCCACGGACCAUACUGCCCAGCUAUUCCAGUGGCAGCAGUGGGCCAAAGGUGCCUGAGAGUCCCAGACUCCAGCGAAAGGCUCUUUUAGAAGCACCGCCAAGCCCAAAGCCAAGUCGUAGGGGGUUGAACCAAGACAGCUUGGUGGCUAAAUCCCCAGACAGCCCCAUACAGACUCACAUUCUGCCCUUAGUCUCCAUCUCUACUGCUCUGUCUGAUGCCCCAUCUGUCUGUCGGGUACCAGUUCCAGGUAGUCCCAGAUUCACCCCCAAAUUCUCCACCGCAUCCCCAUCCUCCUCACCCUCUAGUCCCAGAUCCAAAACUGCCAUUGUUCUCCAGGAUCGCCCCUCAAGUCCUUUCCGGGAACAGCCUCAGCCAGACCGCUCCUUGACGUCCAGCCCCUCUCACCAACUCUCCCCACCCUCGCGAUCUUUCCAGCCCCCCUUAGACCCCAUUGUCCACAUCAUUCAGGGUGGACCUCCACACCCGCAUCCUCGCACACUACAGCCUCCAGAAAGUCCGCGGCUGGCCCGCAGGAACCUUGAAGGGAGCAGCAUGAGGGAACUUCCCCCUCUCAGCCCCUUUAUAGCCCGCAGGGGGGUUCCUGUGCUCCCAGGAGCUCUACCAGGAACCCUGCGAACUCCAGAGAUUCCAUGCCCAAGAAUUGUGCCAGAGAGUCCCAGACUCCGACGGAAAGCAGGGUCUCCUACGGAGGAGCCGUUCAGUCCUCGUGGUGUGCGUGCUCGUAGUCCUUCACCCACCUCCGGACUGAUGGGGGAAGGCAGUGUACGGAAGGGCAGUUUUGGGAACUCACUGUCUUCAGCCUUCAGCCUGGGUUCUCUACCUGGGUCAUCGCCCCGAUCCAGUCCCAGAAGCCACCGGAAGAUGUCAGCAGGCCACAGGGACCACCGGAUGCCUCACCCAGGCAUGAGGGAGCGCAAAAACAGCAUUACGGAGAUCAGUGACAACGAAGAUGAUCUUCUUGAGUACCACCGACGCCAAAGAGAAGAGCGACUCAGAGAGCAGGAAAUGGAGAGGCUGGAACGGCAGCGGCUGGAGACAAUCUUGAACCUAUGCGCCGAGUAUAACAAGGGUGACGGGCCGGCGGGAGAUCUGGGCAGGAUGGGCGUCUCUGGGCUUGGCUCGAGGGAGGGGCUUAACAGACGUCCUUCCAUGGACAGUGUGAGCAGCGCUUCGCUGAGGGUGGCGCAGAGACAUCGUGAAAGCCAAGAGGAGAACCUGAAGGAGGACAGCAGUAGCACUGAGAGUGCGCAGCAGGACCGACGGACCCUACCAGUUCUGCUAAAUGGGCAAAAUGGACAGGCAGAGGACUCUCUGGGAUCGGGCAGCAUUGGCCGUCUGGAACUGGGGUACCUGGAGGAGGAGCGGGUUCGAGUGCUGGCAAAGGUAGAUGAACUCAAAGGUCGAAUCACAGAACUGGAGCAGCAACUUCAGGAGUCCAAACAGGAGGCGGAGAUGGAGAGAGCUCUGCUGCAGGGAGAGAGACAGGCCGAGCUGGAGCAAAUCGAGGCCGAGACUGAGAUUAUCAACCAGCUGCAGCGCAAACUCAGCGAACUGGAGAACACCAUCCAGAGAGAGAAAGACAAGGCAUGCCAUUCAGCCGGAUGGCCACUCAAGGCCCAUUCUGGUCUCGAUUGCCAUCCCAAGGAGAGGGCUAAUGUUGACGUGGAGCGGGAAGCCCUGGAGAGGCUUCAGGAUGGGUACAAUGAGUUGAAGAGCCAGCUCCAUAACUGCCCUGAGUCUCUGAGGGAGCAGUUACAGGAACAACUCAAGAGGGAAGCUGAGACUCUUGAGGCUGCGACAAAGCAGUUUGAGGACCUGGAGUUCCAACAGUUAGAGAAGGAGAGCAGUCUAGAGGAGGAGCGUGAGACCAUCAGCCAGCAGCUGCUGCAGGACAGAGCCCAGUACCACAGCAGUGUCGCCAAAAGAAAGGACAAGGUUGCAGCGUUGGAAAGCCAGGCCAGUCAGCUGGGAAUACAAGCUGCUCAGGAGUGUGAGAGGCUGGUCAAGGACAGAAGCAUCACCUUGCAGCUGCUACAGAAGGAAAAAGAAAGGCUGGCCAGUCUGGAGAAAAGAUACCUGAGCCUAACUGGUGGGAAGACGUUCCCCAAAAGCUCCAACACUAUAAAGGAGGAUGUGCUUCACAUCAGCGAGGCUGACCUCUUAGACGAUGACCAGCCCUCCUCCUCCCCCUUUCAUGCAUCCUCAUUCCACUCAUAUCCCAUCAUGCCUCAGGAGGAGUACUUGAAGCUGUCGGAUGUUUAUAAGAUGUAUGGGAGUGAUUGCCAUGACAUCCAGCUCACCAACGCUUCCUCACAUGGCCUCUCGCUUGCCCUUGACCCAGCUGUAACUGCCCCCCGUGAGGAGUAUGUGACCGUGGGCCAAUUAAACCAGAUCUAUGGGAUGCCGAAGGUGGAGUCUUCCCCUACCUCACCCAUCCAAUUACUUCAUCCUUCUCUCGCAGACUCCGCCUUCUCCUGCCUCCCCUCCCCUCAUGGCUCCUCCCUCACUCUCUCCUUUGAGCGUCAGUCGGACUGGGGCAGGCCUCAGAUGCCCGCUCUAGAUUUAGAUCGCUGGUACCAGGAGGUUAUGGCAGCUGGAGAUGUAAACCAGCUCUGCCCUCCUCCCCUCCCGGCUAAAGCUUUGUCAUCACGCAAGCCUGUGCAGGUGUACCGCUCUCGACUGGACAGUGAUACCAGCCAAUCGUCACUGAGACCGAAAAUCAGCGCUGGUCUGUCCCCUACUUACACUUCGGCUACGCUGGGACGCAACACUUCUGCCAGGAGUCCUCUGAUGGUUGCCAACAGCACCGGGAGUCUCCCACGCAACCUGGCAGCCACCCUGCAGGACAUUGAGACCAAGAGGCAGCUGGCUCUUCAGCAGAAAGAAUUCUUUCCCUCCAUGUUUGCGUCCUCUUCCAGUACGGACGGUCCCACAGGUCAGCAGGUUAUUGAGGAGCAGCGGAGACGUUUGGCCGAACUGAAGCAGAAAGCUGCAGUAGAGGCUCAGUGCCAGUGGGAGGCGCUCCAUGGCUCUCAAACACAUCUCAACAUUCCCUUUUCCUCAACCUCCGCGCCAGUCAUGCACCACUCCAUCCUGCACCACACAGCGCCCUCUUCUGGGGAACAACCGUACGACACCCUCAGCCUGGAGAGCUCGGACAGCAUGGACACGAGCAUCUCCACUGGAAACAACUCGGCCUGCUCUCCUGACAAUAUGUCCAGUGCCAGUGGUAUGGAUGCGCUGAAGAUCGAAGAGAUGGAGAAGAUGUUGAAGGAGGCACAUCUGGAGAAAGCUCGACUCAUUGAGUCCAGAGAACGAGAGACUCAGACCCGUAAACUCAUGCUAGAGGAAGAGAGAAGAAGAAGGGAGGUGGCGGAGAAGAGACUGCAGGAGGAGACGGUACACAGACAGCAGAUGAUCGAGAAGGAGGUGAAGUUGAGGGCCAAAAACUUCUCUCAGGCCCGUCCAAUGACACGAUACCUGCCCAUUCGCAAAGAGGAGUUUGACCUCCGCUCCCACAUCGAGUCCUCAGGUCACAGCGUGGACACGUGCUACCACGUGAUUCUCACCGAAAAGAUGUGCAAGGGCUAUCUUGUCAAGAUGGGAGGGAAGAUCAAAUCCUGGAAGAAGCGCUGGUUCGUCUUUGAUCGCCUUAAAAGGACGUUUUCCUACUACGCCGAUAAACACGAGAGCAAACUGAAGGGCGUCAUCUACUUCCAGGCUAUCGAGGAGGUUUACUAUGAUCACCUGCGCAGUGCCACAAAGAAAGGAUUUUUCAAUCUGAAUUUGACGAACAGCCCCAACCCCUCCCUGACCUUCUGUGUGAAGACGCACGACAGACUGUAUUUCAUGGUGGCCCCCUCCGCUGAGGCCAUGAGGAUCUGGAUGGAUGUGAUCGUGACAGGAGCCGAGGGCUACACGCAGUUCAUGAACUGAGAGAAAAACUGACCCGCACGUCAAAACGGAAACCGUUCGGCAGGGAGACUUUAAAUAACCCAUACCUGUUAUUCCCAACGAGAGGAAAAACGUUAUUUUGCUACUUCCUUUUUUCUCUUCUUCUCGUGUUUCCUGAAGAUGUUA